GAAAAAGGAAAAACACAGCAGCUAUGUCGGAUUAUACUCCAAUUUUGCCCCAAGAACUCAUCACCGACAUACUCUUGCGCCUCCCUGGAAAAUCCAUAGGCCAGUUCAGGUGUGUUUCUAGGCCAUGGCUCUCUUUACUCUCCGACUCACAUUUCAUCAAAUCCCAUUCAACACUCCUGAGCAGCCAUGACCCGGGAAAGUUCAUCCUCGUUUCUGACUCUGAUCACACCCUUCACACAAUAACUUUAACUCCCAGCACCAGCACCAGCAGCAACACCAGCAGCAGCCGCCAAGAUGCCGUUGCAAGAAAGAUCAGUUUUCCACAGUGCCCAGACAAGUGGGAAACAGUGGUGGGUUCAUGCCAUGGUUUGGUCUUAGUACGAACUGAUGAACGUAGCUUGUAUUUGAUCAACCCCACAACUUUGGAGAGAGUAAAAAUCCCAAGUUUUCCUUUGGCUUUGGACCCUUCUGCUAGUUUUAGCAUGCACGGAUUUGGCUAUGAUGAUUGGACCGAUGAUUAUAAGAUUGUUACGCUUUCAUACUAUGACACGGACAAUGAACACGAGCCUGAUUGUGCUGAUACUUUUGUUGAUGUUUAUAGUGUAAAGACAAGAACUUGGAAGAGAUUUGAUCCAUCUCCUUGUGAUCAUGCUGUUCCUGAUCUUGCCUCAGGGGUAUUCCUCAAUGGGGGUCUUCAUUGGUUGGCUUCUGAUAGAUCUGAAGGCUAUCCAUCUGUUAUUGCUGUUUUCCUUUUGGAUGGCGAGGAUUUUGAGGAAGUGCCACCUCCUAGUAGUCUUGAUAGAGGUAAAUUUGUGUUUAACAAGCUCGUGGUUCUUGAAGGAUGUCUUGGAAUUGUUGUCGAUAAUUAUAAUGAUCAGGUAGAUGUUUGGGUAAUGAAACAGUAUCGUGUCCAAGAAUCCUGGACAAAGUUUACUAUUAAUGUACAUGAAGAUACUGAUAUGCUUAAACCUAUAUGUAAAUUGCGGGACGAGGAGAUUGUUUCGGAGAAGGAUGAGGAGAAGUUGGUUUUGCAUAGUUUGAGAGACGGGACUUCAAGGGAAAUGGUGGUUGCUGGUCUUCCAGAUACGUUUGAACAUGGAGUGAUGACCUUUUCGGAGACCCUUCUGUCACCAAAUUUCUAUAGUCUGAAUGCAGAAAUGCAUAAUUCUGAGGGCCAAAUUGAAGCUUGAUGCUGUACAAGAGGAGGAUGCAUUUUAUGAAGAGGCAUUUGAUCAAGUUUGAGGACUUCUAGAAAAGACUAAAGACUUGUUUAGAUCAACCUUACUUCGGUUGUUUUUUAGGUUAACUUUCGUAUAUAAAAUUAGAUUAUGACAAUGAAUGACUGUAUUUUGUAUAAGAGGUUAAAUUUGGAAAUGAUUUUGGUUAUUACCAAUCACUUACAAAUAUAAA